AUGAUCAUCAUCGGCGCCACAUACAGCCGUAUCCGGCACACAAGACGCUUUUCCAUACUCAUGCUCGAUAGAGCUCGUCAAAAUCUCCAAGCGCUGAUCGAAGCCGACAAAAGCUUGACCAGACAUCCUGAAACUAUCUAUGCAUCUUCACUACUAGUGUAUACUGGGUUAUGGUGCGGAAACAAAGGGGCAUUUGAGACUGCCGAAGCAUUCAGAGGAAGUUUGGUGACAUACGUCAGACGUCUGUUUCAACCGAAAACGAAAGUUGCGGAUGUCGCAGGUAGUCGUGUUGAAGAUCAUUGGAGGGCAUGGGCAACAUCUGAGUUCAAGCGCCGUUUACGCUGGUACGUAUUCAUGAUUGACUCACAGUUCCCCGCCAUUUUGAACAUGCGGAGUAUGAUGUCUCUCGCAGAGGUCGCUAGGUGGGAGUGCCCGGGUGAUGACGCCGCAUGGUGUACAACGAGUGCUCCAAUCUGGGCAACUCUAGUUAAACCCUUGGGGAGUUUAUCGGCACCAGAGUUUGGCAUUGUUUUUAAGGCUCUUACGAACAACAGAAGAGCUAAUUCCACCAACUUGGCACCAUCAGUCUCUGCUAUUACUGAUAGCAUCAGCCCGUGGACACAAUUCCUUGUUCUGAGUUGCUUGGCUAGCCAGGCACUGGACUGGUCGCACGAUUGGUCAGUACAGGUCGGCAGUGACCCUGCCAUGAUACAAGAUACGGGCAGUGAUUGUCAUCAAGAAAGUCUGCGGAUACGGGACAACAUCAUCGGUAAGUCAUACUGUCUUCCACUUGUCUAUGCCAAAGCUGACGCGUUCAUUUCAGCAUCUUUGAAAUCAUGGGAAUGCUACUACGGCACCAAGUACAGUGGCAACCCGAUCCCGGAUGUGGCGCAAAGUCCAGUGCUGUACUUUCAGAACGCAUCUCAAAUACUCCGUGGCCUAGUAAACAUUCAACUACAAACGUGCGUUGCUGAUUUGCAAGAUGCUCUCGGAAAAAGCGGAGCAAAUGCUGUUGACGAAAGCCUGGGCCGACUUCGAGUCUACUUCACAAACGGAUACACCAACUGUGUUGGAGCACACCAAGAGUUGCCAUUUGAGUCUCUAGAUGCCUUCGCCAAAUCAGUCAUGGAAACUACAUCAAUAAUGAGCAACCCGACACUACAGUCUGCCACACCUUAUAGCAUCUUUGGAAUCUUCCUAAAUCAUGUCUUGCAAUGGGCAUUUCUAAAAAGCAGCCCCGAAACAUUGAAGUCGCACCUUCGUGAGCAUCUCCGAGAUAUGGCUUUCUCAUAUCACGGACGGGGCAUGUCGGAGCUCAGUGGAAUACUUGAUUUCGGGCUCUCCUCAGCAAACCCGACAGUCGUGAACAGGGACAGAAGCCACUUAGUUCUCAUGCAAGCUGCGCAGAAUUUGGCGCUGCUUGGUACUUGGGGCGCAUCGUUGAAUCUGGCCCUUCUGCUUCAGUUGAGAGCGAAAACUUAA